AAGAAGUGACUACAUAAGGGCGGAGACUUUAAUUGACCAAGAAACGCCCGCAUUAACUCUUCCUCAAACUCUCCUGCCAUCAUUCUUUCCUACCUUUCCUUUUCUUAUCUACGUCCUUCCACAGAUUGCAUCAUUCCAUCAAUAACAUCCUUCUAAUCAUCAUGGCCGCUCAACAUACCAUCACGGUCCCCCACUUGGGUGGCAUCGAAGUCGGCUAUGCCCUGUCCAACAACAACACUUAUGACCCCUCCAAGCCGACCUGCGUGCUCAUCAACUCGAUGUGCAUGACCGCGUCGCUCUACCGCCCCCAGUUUGAGGAUGCCGAGUUGACCAGCACCACCAACCUGCUGGCCAUCGAGCCGCUUGGCCAUGGCGCCACCCGCUGUCUGGCGCCCGCCGCCGAACACUUCACCUACUGGGACUCGGCUAUCAUGGCCCUUCAAGUGAUGGAAAAAUUGGACAUCCAGAAGGCCUUUGCCCUGGGAACCAGCCAGGGAGGAUGGGUUGUAGCACGCAUGGCUCUUUUGGCACCAGAUAGGAUCCUUGGCAUCCUGCCCUUAGGUACUUCGAUGGACUACGAAUCGGCCGACUCCCGCAGCAAGGACUGCUGGGACCCCGUCACCCUGCUGACCCCAUUCCUGGAGAAAUGGACGAGCGAGACUCCCACCCCGGAUUUUGUGGUCGACGAUGUUUGGUGCGGGAUGGUCGCGGGGAUCGGCUUCGGGGCGUCGGGAACGCCCGAGACGACCGACUUCUGGGUGCAGACGCUGAAGCAGGUCUACACGGGGGAUGAGGGACGCAAGAAGGUGCGCAUGGCCUUGAUGUGCCUGUUGACGCGGGACGGGCUGCUUCUGCGGCUGAAGGAUGUGCGGUGCCCCGUGUAUUGGCUCCAGGGGACGGAGGAUUUCCCCUUCAAGACCACGGUUCCCGCAGAACAAAUCCAGCGGUUCUCCGCUAGUCAGGAGGCUAAAUUGCAGAUGGUGGAGGGAGGGGCCCAUUACCUGAAUGCUACGCAUCCGCGGGAGGUUAACGCGGCGAUCCGUGAGAUGGUCACUCGCUACGGUGCCUGAGCGGGCUGCAGGGGAAGCUACAAGAAAAUAAUGGAUCUUAGGCUACUACUGAAGGGGCGCAGAUAGAAUACGAAGAGUAGUACACUGUUAGUGUCAGGAGAGAGUUGGAAUAGUUCAGGAACGAAACGAACUGCAUGCCAAUCAGUGCCAAGUGGGCAGGACAACCCGACGCUGCUAAAUGAUUGACACAUCGGAUGGGGCG